GUUACGGUGAAGUAUGCCUACCACUCACGGCCAAGAACGUGCUGAACAGGACACCAGAACAAGUGGUGACUCAACUGGGAAAGUGUAUGUUGCUCUCACUGUUGGUGUUGUAGUUGCCGCUUUUACUGUGUCUAUUCGGCUUCCUGACGCAUGCUUUGAUGGUGGAGAAGCGAUAGUGACAGUUUAUGCUGCCGUGCGAAGUGUUUUCUUCGUGCUUGUACCAGCGGUGUUGAGUUUCGCUUAUCUGAUGAAACAGAACUGCCGCUGCCAAAGCAAAUUGAAACAUCGUGGGUGUGGCAUUAUCGAUAAUGUUUUCGGAAUGCUUAGAUUUGCUUUCUACUAUUAUUCAGAGAUAGUUCUAGUGACAGUACUCGGACUAGCUAUCGUUUGUGGAAACCUAUGGAUGAUGACUGUCUUGGGACGUUGUCUAGAAAAAUAUUCAGCAACUCCAAAGGCAAUGGAAAAUGCACUUCUAGGGUUUGAGUUUAUUUACAUGAUAAGCGAAUAUUUUUUCAUCUCUGCUACUGUCUUGAUGAUUGUAACAAUAUGGGUGGACAACCCUGAGUCUCAAGAAGACUUGAAAAUUGGUCGAGCUGACCCAAUUGAUACUGACAGGGCAUCUGAGGCAACAAUUACUUUUGGGGCAUCUCAGUCAACUAACACUUGUUUUGGGCGUCUUUGUAGUUGGUUUUUACCUUUUGAUCGUUUUCUUCUUGGGUAUCAUGUGAUAUCUAUUCUCAUAAUGCUGGUGUCAUCUGUUGCUGAUGAAGGCACUCAAGAAACGACUUUUAGUGCCCUCAGAAAGUGCAACAGUACGUUCUCAAAGAAUAUGAGCGAAUGUGCCCGCGAGAAAAUUGAUGAGUGGACCAACAACAUUUUUACGCCGCUCAAAGUGCAGUUCUGUUUUGUUACUCUUGUAUUUUUAGUUUCGGUGUUGAUGAAGCAUAUUUCAUCAAAAAGGAAUACCAGUCGCAAUAAAGAAUUCAACAAUUCAAUGUUGUGCAAUGUUAUUCCAGGAAUUGUGAUUGGAGUAAUUUGUUUUGGUUUGUAUGGCUGGGUUUCAGUUAGUGUUAUCAUCACAUCAAAUUCAACAACAAAUGCCACUGCCUUGACUAUGACACAAAACACGAGUGAAUUUAUGAACAUUAUUGAACGUUUUGUGAUUGCUCAAGUGGUAUACGAAAUCGUUUUAUUAGUGGCAGCUGUUAUUGCAGUGGGUGUUACCAUCAAGUACUGUAAUGUGAAAGAAAAACAGGAUAGUGGUCUUCUCAAAGGAAUCGACAUUCGUGAUGUCAUAGUGAUCUUGACCUCAAACGCAGUUAGUAUUCAUUGUGUCUUUAAUCUGGUUUCUUUCGGAGAAUGUAAAGACCAUAAGGAUUGCGGCUCGACACAGGAACAAGGUCUAAUCAAUUGGCAGAUUGCAAGUUUGUCACUAGAUAUUGUGGAAGGUCUUCUUCAAGCAUACCUUCUUCUGAUAUUGAAUUCUCGUCAUCCAAUUGAUGUGAAAACAGGAACAAACUGUCGGGAUAUUUCCUAUGGCAUUGCGCUAUUCUUUCUGAGUCUCACCAAUCUCGCUAUAGGUUUAGCAGACUGUUUGAUAGAAUUGAGAGAGGUCAGGUCGGCAAGAGGUUACCUUAUUGACUAUUCCUUUCCGACCAAGUCUUGGACAUUUGUAACGCAAGCGUAUUAUCCUCUGGGAGUCUACUUUCGAUUGUAUAGCGCUAAUGCGUUUUGGAAGAGAGGCGUCAAAUUGCUAAAUUAUGAUAAUGAUGAGGAGUCUGAGGACACGCAAGAGAAUUCAUGAACUUACAUGCAAGAUAUUUUGCGGACGGUGUAUAUA